UUAUUUUAACUUUUUCUUACAGGAAUGGAAAAUUGUUGGCAGAGGAAAAACUUCGGUGUGCUCUAAAACAAAAGAUUAACUUGGUGGACAAACGGGGCCUGUCGAGAGUGGGUGGGGUGUAAAAGUAGUCCCGGCGAUGGGGUCAUGACCCAGGACGUCAGCGUCCGGCGCGCAGUUCAGUUUGGCGGUUACGGAUCUGCAGUCGAAUUGGGGCAUGAUGUGGUCCCGAAUGAACCGAGCCGCUGAGGAGUUUUACUCUCGUCUCCUGCGGGAGUUUGAUGAAGAAAAGAAAGGAAUCCAUAAAGACCCAUUUAUCUAUGAGACUGAUGUUCAAGGGCAGUUGAUCGGCAAAGGCCAACCAAACCCUUUGAAAAAUAUUCUAAAUGAAAAUGAUAUGAUAUUCAUUGUAGAGAAAUUGCCUUUAGAGAAGGAAGAAACAAGUCAUGUUGAAGAACUACAGUCUGAAGAAACUGCUAUUUCUGAUUUCUCUACUGGGGAGAAUGUUGGACCACUUGCUUUACCAGUUGGGAGAGCAAGCCUGCUUUCACUCCUACUGAACCUCUACCCUUACCGAAUUGGAUUCCCCAUUGGUAGAAGUUAUGAUCCUGUCACAUUCUUGUCACUUCCUGCUGUGUGCAUCUUGAUCUGCCUGGUGUGCCCUUCUCCCACUUCUUCACUGGGUGAAUUGUUUAUGCAGUUAAUUGGACUUUACACUAUGGCUCACAAUCCUAAUAUGACCCACUUGAAGACUAAUCAUCCAGUUACUGCCCUUCCUGCCCUGUGGGUGAGGUGUGACAGUUCAGAUCCUGAAGGGACCUGUUGGCUGGGAGCUGAGCUUGUCACCACAAAUGACAACAUUACAGGAAUUGUCUUAUAUACGGUCAGUUGUAAAGCUGAUAAAAAUUAUUCUGUAAAUCUUGAAGACCUAAAAAGUUCACAUAAGAAAAGACAUCACUUGUCUACUGUAACAGCCAGGGGCUUUGCCCAGUAUGAGCUGUUUAAGUCCAUGGCCUUGGACGACACACUUGCCGCAUCACAGACUACGAUCACUUUGGAUAUUUCCUGGAGUCCCGUGGAUGAGAUUCUUCAAACCCCUCCACUGUCCUCAACUGCAACCCUGAAUAUUAAAGUGGAAUCGGGAGAGCCCAGAGGUCCUUUGAAUCAUCUCCAGAGAGAAGUGAAAUUUCUCCUUGUCUUGGCUGAUGGUUUGAGGACGGGUGUAAGCGAAUGGCCUGAGCCUCUGGAAGUAAAGUCUGCCGUUGAUCUUGUGCAGGAAUUUCUGAAUGACUUAAAUAAGCUGGAUGGAUUUGGUGAUUCUACAAAAAAAGACACAGAGACAGUGAAGCAUGACAGUGCUGCAGUUGACCGUACCAUCGAGUGUCUUUUCACAGUGCGGGGCGAUCUCGAUUUUGCUGAGCAGCUGUGGUUCAAAAUGAGCAGUAGUGUGAUUUCUUAUCAAGACUUGGUGAAAUGUUUCACGCUGAUCAUCCAGAGUCUACAACGUGGUGAUAUACAACCAUGGCUCCAUAGUGGGAGUAACAGUUUACUAAGUAAGCUUAUUCAUCAGUCUUAUCACGGAACCAUGGAUACAAUUUCUCUCAGUGGGAUUGUUCCAGUUAAGAUGCUUUUGGAAAUUGGUCUGGACAAACUAAAGAAAGAUUAUAUCAGUUUUUUCAUAGGUCAGGAACUUGCAUCUUUGAAUCAUUUGGAAUAUUUCAUAACUCCAUCAGUAGAUAUACAAGAACAGGUGUGUCGUGUUCAAAAACUCCACCAUAUUCUAGAAAUAUUAGUCAGUUGCAUGCUUUUCAUUAAACCCCAACAUGAGCUCCUCUUUGCUUUAACACAAUCCUGCAUAAGAUACUACAAACAAAAUCCUCUUGACGAGCAACACAUUUUUCAGCUGCCAGUCAGACCAACUGCUGUAAAAAGCUUAUAUCAAAGUGAGAAGCCACAGAAAUGGAAAGUGGAAAUCAGUGGUGGUCAGAAGAAGGUGAAAACAGUUUGGCAGCUGAGUGACAGUGCACCUGUAGACCAUCUGAGUUUCCACAAACCUGAUGUUUCUGAAUUAACAUUAAACGGUAGCCUGGAAGAAAGGAUGUUCUAUACUAACAUGGUCACCUGCAGCCAGGUGCAUUUCAAGUGAAGUGUGCCAGUGGAGUCCUCUGUAAGCACAAGCCAAAACAAACAAAACAACAGCAAAACAACCCCAUUAUCACAGAGCCUGAAACCAGAAAUGUAUAUAAACCUUCAAGGCAGAAAAAGGAGGAGUGUCCAGAGCAUGCUUUACGAAAGAUGGAUCUAUAAAAUGGGUGACCCUGUCUCAGCUCUGGCUCUGAAGGAGGAGCAUCAGGAGAAGCGCGGAGAUGAGGAUGCAAAGCGUGCAGACUGUAGGUACCACGAUCUCCGUCACCAUCUGCAUGUGACUUAGUAACGGCUCUGAAACGGGAGACAACACCACAAACGAGAGUGUCGUCAUUUUAGCGAAUGUAGCUUCAUCUGGAAAGAUUCCCCUGCAUUGGGGAAAACUUGGAAAAUGGCAUCAUCAAGCUUUGUAAUUAAUCUCACUUGCUAUAAAAGAGAACAUGGUUCUCUUAACAUUAUAAAAUGGUAUUUAAAAAAAAUUACGUGAGGGCUUUGUAAUAUCCUUCCGAAAAUAGGGAAUAAAGAUUGCCUACAUUUGGUUCUUCCAUAGGUACUGGAA